AUGAAAGGAGAAAAAAAAGAAAAUAUUUCAAAUUCUACUAAGUUUACUUUACAGUAUCUUUUCGAUUAUAAUACAAAACAAUUUGACUUUACUUUAAAAUACAAUACUGUUAGUAAGUCAGCUGUGUUUUCUGCUAAAAAUAUCAUUCGAUCGUCAGAUGCCAUUGAUAAGGUUGCAACAAAAGCAAAAGAGGCUGCUUCUUCAGCAGCGGAAAUGAUUAAAAGAAAAAUAUCGAGUGCAACUGAUAACUUGAAAGAUAAAACAACAAAUAUUCUGGAUCAGGUUGAUUCCGAUAAUCUUCCAUCGGAAGCAUUAUUGAAAAAAUCUCCAGAGAUUGAAGAUGAAGUGGAACGUAAGAAAAGCUAA